AUGGCAAUGUGCAGUGUGAUUGGUUUAUCAUCAUGGGAUUACACUUCUGCUUCCAACUACGAAAAUCUGGUUUUCACCAUAAGAGGAAUGUAGGCGACGGAGUUAUAAGCGGAGUCAGAAAAAAUGGAAACGUUCUGAUUCUUCUGACUCCAAUUGCAUAGUGCUUAUGACUCCGUUUAUGCCUCCUAUUCUGGAUUUUCACCAGGUCAUAAGUGCUCUUAUGACUCCACUUACGACUCCCAAUCUGACUCAGUCGCUAGUGAAAACCAGCCUUAAAAGUUCAUUGUUGGUAAGCCUUCAACAAUUUUCUUAGUGUCUCUUUAUGGAGAGCAUCAAGAUUGACUAGUAUGAUAAGCAGAUAAAAUGAACCUGCAAGCAACGUCUGAGGCCCGUUUCAAACGUCGUGCUACUGCCGUGCCGAACUCAAUUCAUAGAUUACAAAUGCAUUAGAAUACAUUUAAAAGUUUGCUGAACCGUUUCUUUAUUAUUGUGGUUUCUUUUCGGCAACAGCCAUUCUAUUCGACUGAAUUAAAUUCGACGUCUGACACCAAGUCGUGCUCGUGUUGUGCUACAGUCGAGCUACAGUCGAGCCAGCUUAGCACGGCAGUAGCACAAUGCUUGAAACAGGCCUGAUUUAAGUUUAUUUCCUACCAACAAGUGGUUUUUAAAAUGAGUGCUUGCUCACAAACAUGUGCUUAAAUACGACUGAAAUUAACUAACAAUUUAGCCAUGUGAUACAACCAAGCUACAAUAAGUGAUAAAGAACUGUUUGCUUUGAAGACACUGCAACAAUCAGGUCUUGGGCCACUAUGAUAGACUUUAUUCAAAGAUGACAGAUUAGAAAACUGACUAUGGGUGUUACUAAAUUAGAUGGCUAACGAGAUAUCUCAUAAAAAGAAAUUUAAAAAAAGUGGUCAUCAAACAGAGCACCCUAAAUGUCUAACCUUAUACGUACAUGUAUCAUUCACAGAUCUUUAAUACCUUCAAACAAACACCUAACACUUGCCUCUCUUUUAUAUGGGCAAGUUGGCCUCUCAAAAAGUCAAGAAUAACAAGUGGUAAUAAUGGAGCGACCGGAAAUUGUCCAAAAGUUCGAAUGUGCCCUUUAGCAGCCUGAAGCAAAUUGACUUAUUGCUAAGAAUGCAGACUCGCGUAGCUGUUUUGCACGCAAAGAAACCGUGCGUUGAAAUAUCGGUUAAGAGACCCUUCAAAGACGCUUUUUUGCUGUCUGAGUUCAAAUAUAAGGAGUAGGCCUCCAAAAUAUGUUUUGAAAGUGUCAAUCUACAUAGCCUUUGACAAGUUGCGAGGAUGCUAAGACUUUUCAAGACCAACUGCUUCUCGAAAUUUAUUAAACAAAGUCAAGUAAUUAUGGUGAAAUGUACAAAGCAGUAAGCAUUGCCCGAGGCCAAAAGCCGUCAAGCACACGAACAUAACAGGUCUGUUUUAGCUGCACUUUGAAGUCAAUAAUAACAGUUUAGUAUUCAAGAAAAGGGAUUUUGCAUUCUUAAAAAAAGUUAAUCCCUCUAUUUGGGAACUGUACGACACGGAUUUAGCCGUCAAGCAUACUUUAGUCGCAGCAGUUUUCGAGAAAUUUGACCCGAUAAAGACAUCUUUGAUGAAAAUACAUGAGAAAAGCAGAAUUUCCUGCGAAGCCGACUCUCGUUUCGUGAUACGAGCCAAUCCACAAUUAUGGGUACAUUAUAUUGGGCGAUGCGGCUUCAAUUUAGCCCAAAAUAGAACUCAGCUUCACCAAUAGGCCAUAUGAAUAAAGCUUUACUGAGAGAGUUCGUGGUUAUAAGCUUAAAUAAGCUUGGGUCAUACAUAAGUCCUCACAAGAUUUUUUUAUUUUUACCGCGGUGAAACAGCGAAUGGAACGAAAUACAAGAUAAAAAGUUUCUCAAUUUUACGUUCAUUAAGCAUUCAGUAAUGUUUUAUCCUAGUGAUCACUACGAAUGUUUUCUCAUUUCGCGAGAUUUGUUUGGAAUCGGAUGCUCGAAGAGUUAACAAGAGCGCUUCCGUCAAGAUUAAGAAAACUGUCAGUAGAAAGCGAUUUUGCUCAUUGAAAAAACUUUCUGUCUUCAACGGAAGGCAAAAAGUCGAAUGAAAAAGAGUUAGCUCUUCAAAGGCUUGUCAAAACAAAGUCUACAGAUCUCGCGUGUAUUCAUCAUACACUUUGCUGACCGCCGAAGCAGAACUGCUAAUCUUUAAAGAAGCUAAAAACAAAAUCGCCCUUGCUAGGAUCAACAAAACAUCUAAUGUUUGUCGAAUCCGAAUUUCCGUCAAGUUGACUUACCUACUGAUAGCGUAAACAACGAAAAACUCAACAACACGAAGCCACAUCGCGAUAGCCCUUCCAUGUUUCUUGUGCAUAGAUCGACAAACAACAAACCCCUCUCUGUCGGGUUUUGUCAAUGUGCCCAAUUAUGGAAAUUGGGUCUGAAUCGAACGCGUUGAUUGGCUGAUAGAGAGUAACAGAUGUCACCUUUUUUUCAAGGCAUUUGGCGGUUUAGGAUGAUUACAGGCAAAUACGGAGAAUUGUUGCCUAUUGUUAAGCGACCAAUCGCAAAGGGGGCUAUUUUUCUUUCGGAAACAACAAAGGCUUUUACUAAAUGAGUCUUAAGAUACCGAAAAAUAAUGCCUUUUAUCCUCAGCGUCUGGGGAAAUAAAGUGAGAAUAUAGAGUUCAAUAAAGAUGCCGACUGCAUUUACGUGUGAAGAUACUAGAGAAACUAUGAGACAAAGGAAGUUUUGUUACUGAAAAACGAGGCUUUUUGUAAGUUUCAAGCACCGGUAGUAAGCAAUUCAAUUAAGAACAAGCCUGGAAAUGGAUUUCUUGUGAAAUUCGACAUGUUAAAAGGCAGUAUAAUUCACUGUUUGUUAAGAGUUUUUUAUGUGGCUAGUCCAGACACAGGCCGAUAGAAACUCAAUCUAAGCUCACAAAUUCUACAAAGUUCUGUGGCCAAAAAAUGGACGACAGCAAAGUCUAGAAAAGGAUAUUAUUGGGAAAAAAAAUGCAAUGAAUAAUACAGAAGUCAAUACAUUUUCACGGUUUUGCACAAAUUACAAGGUAAACAUGAAACAAACACGACUCUACCAAAAUCUGUAGGUGAAGACAAAUCAAACCGAAGAGCCAAUACUGAUUAUAAUUUGUCGAAAUGCUAGACAAAACAACGCUGCCACAGUAUUAAAAGAAACAGUAAGCUUCACGGACAGUUUCAAGAGUCAAAUAAUAGCAACUGAAAAGACCAUUUUCGAUAUAUUAAAAUUCAUACUUGACCAUAUUUGGCUCCGAGGCUUCGGAGGAAUAAAAGAAAUCAUGAUUUCUUGUCUUUUAUACCCCAAGCCUGGCAGCCAAGUGUGAAUUUUAAUAGAUCGGAAUUGGUCAAUUAGUAUUUCUUUGGAUGUCGCCAACCUAAUGCAAAAGGGGCACUGAGUCUAUUGUUCGUCACUCAUCAGCACUAUGUAGGGUUCGUCCCAUGAAAAGUUCGGUUUUAAGAAUUGGCUUCGUUUCAGCUCUUCCUUGUGAGCUCGAUCACUCCACUGAAACUCAAGCUCGUGAAGUCGACUUGUGGCAAUUCUUCAGUGUAGUAUCAGACUUCCGUGCAAACUAAACAAAUUUUACUCAAAAUUCUCCCUAGUAAUUCUCAAUUUAUUUAUUUAUUUAUUUUUUAUAUACAGUAAGUCUUAAUGGAACUUAAUUUUUCACUGGCCGAGAGACAAGGACUAAGCUAAGCAGUGUUUCCGUAGCCAUCCAACUCGAUAUGCCUCACCACAUACGAACUACUCAUGAAAUAUGAGCUGAAUUCAUUCUAUAAAAAGUGAUAACCUGAUAACAAAAAAAUUUCCUAUGCGGUUAAAAGUUGUGGAAGAAUUACCGAGAAAAAGCUGUGAGAAAUUUAGGGUAUCCCAUUUUCAGAUUAAAGGGUCACGAACAGAACGCACAAGAAGAGUCCAGACAAUCGUCGCUUAUCACUUCAAUUCAAAGAGUUACUUUAAAGCCCAGGGCCUGGGCUUUAAAGAUGACGUGCAAUUUUUAAUUGUUUAUGAGUAGGUUGACUGUGUCUUAAUAUAUUAAUCAUAUAUUAUGUUUUCAAUGCCUUCGUAGCCUGCGUCGUAGACACUCUAAACCUUCUCAAUAAUUACUCACUGCGAGCAGAGGCCCUCUCUCUUGCAGGGUUUUUAGCGUUUACGAAGUCGAUCGCAACAGACAAGCCACGCGAACGACUUCGUAAACGCUAAAAGCCAUGUAACAGAGAAACUGGCUCUGCUGGCAGUACUGUAUAAUGGUCUAGACGACACGUGGACCGGCUGCAACGCACGGCUGGGCUAUGCCUCCGUGCUGAGUGACGAUAAUUACACUAAGCCGAGGUUAGAUUACUUUCAAAAUGGCACGUAAACAACUGGGCCUGGUUUACGGGUUGUUCAAAGCCGGGUUAAGAUAACCCAGGGUUAGUGCGAAAUUUGAAUUUAGAUAUGAAAGCUUAAAAAGUAAAUUCAGCUUAAUUCUUUUUGUCAGCAAGUUGAUGAUUGCAUGCUGUUCAAAAUAACAAAAAAAAUAUCCAAGAAAAUACUUUUGAACAAAAGAAAAAGAAACCCGGUUUCAAUUUAACCCUGGGUUAAGAGCGACAGCGCUGCUAGGCGGCCUUCGAGUGGCGGUAACCGGCAAUUGAUACUGAAAUGUUCUGAAAACUAUGCAAUGCGUAGAAUAUAAUGUUCUCAUUCUCAAUUAAACUUCCUUGUCGUUUAUUUCAAAUCAUUGCUGAGUCGUGCUGACGUUAUAUGCAUUCCGCGCAUGCUUGAAUUUGUAGUUUCAAACUGAAGGCAUUGUCAUUUAUUAAAGGGGCUAUAUUACGACAUUCGAUUUCUUUUUAAAAAGCUAAAACUUUUUUUCCGCAUUAUCUGAAUUGCAAAAAUUAAGGGUCCAGUUUUGUUAUUUACGACCUUGUUUAGGCAACUAAACUGUGUUCCUGUCAGUCUGAAGCCACUUUAAAAGUACCAAAAACACUCGUGAUUAUAAUUGUUAGUGUUCCCGGAAGAAAUUCGUUUGAUGUUUUCUUCAUAAAGGUGAUGUUACAUGAGACGAUUCGCAACGACGAUUUUUAACACAGCGUUGCAACAUUGUUUCAUUGUUUCGUUUGUCGUAAAAAAAAAUUAACUUUAACUUUAACUUUUUCUAACCUCAAUUUCUCAUAUGGGAAUGAAUAUUGCUGUUUAUAUGAACUUAGAUGUCUUGUCUCCCGGGCGUGGCUGAUGGACCCCAAAACGACCUUCCUUACAGGCCUAAUCCGAUAGAAAUUUUAAACCUUUUUCAAAACAACUGAUUUUUUCUACUUCAAAAAAAUAAAAGAAACUACCUGCUUAAGCCGUUUUAUGACCAUGACCACCAAUCGAAUCACCGUGGUUACCCAGACUACCUUGCGCCGGGCUGCGGGAAGUUCAAAUUUCCAAACAACCAAUCAAAUCGCCCUUGGCACUGAAGGAAAAUUCAGUUCGUUUAUUCCACGAGUCGAUCCUUUAUGCGAUUUUCCAUCGCCUCUUGUUUUGAAUUUAUACAUUUCCUUUAAUUGUAUCAUUAGUCUUUUAAGAGUUUCUUUUUGGAUCUCUGUCUUCGUUUUGGUAAGUACUUUGAUCUAAACGCAUGACCAUUCGGCCAUGUUGAUAGUUUUGACGUUGUGUGCGCGGAUAGUUCGAAGUCUGUCGAUCCAAUCUUACAUUACUGCAUGUUUUCUCGCCAUGAAAACGAACUUAAAGAAGACCAUUUCUUUCGAUGUAACCUUGUGAUAAAGACAGGAAUGUUUACGUGGCUCUCUCGUUUAAAAUAUGAUACUUAGAUGCGGCUAAGUUUCCAAUUACGAUCGCUACGAUCGCUGAAAACGUAGAGAUCUUAGAGAAACCACUCUCCAGCGAUCGCAGCGACAACAAUCUCUGAGAUAGGAAAAGUUCUUUCUCAGCGAUCGUCACGAUAGCUGAACUAUUUUCCAGCGAUCGCAGCGAUCAUACAAAAUGUAUGGAAACCAGGCUUUAGGCCAGGCAUCACAUCAUAAGGGUUGCUGCGCUUGAUUGUUUUUUAAAACCAUUUGAAAUUGAGGCUUACAUGCAGAAAUUUAUAAGCGCAGGUUUGUGGAUAAAACUAAGCAUUAAGGGAAUAUAAACUGAGUUUACUCUUAAAUAUGUUGAUUACAACCUUAAUUCUGUGUUGUCAUUCAUGAAUGGAAUAGAGCCUAUCUCUAUCAUCUUUCAACAAACUACAUGUAUGUUCAACAUACUUUGUUGAACGAGAGAAGGGCACUGCAUUUGUUGAUCAGCAGAUGUUGAACUGUGUGUCACUGGCCUAGAACACACCCCGAGUUUAUUCUGACAACUUUUGAAAUGAAUAGUAUGAAAGUUAAUAGUAAAACGUAAAUUUUGGGUCUAUCCGAAGGUAAAAAGCUUUGACAGAACCAACAUGACUCCUGUAACAUAUUCAUGCAUGUUACUCUUACCUUGAUGUCAGGGCAAUUUUUUUGUGUCAAAUUCCUUACUGAUGACAUAAAAUCUGUCCUGAAUUCGGUCAGAAGUGCUGAUUGGACAACAAAGUAGUUACAUUGCCUUAGCUAUUGUUUACGAAUGACAGACAAAAGGCCACAAAAGUCAAAUGUGAAUGCAAUGAAUCCAUAACAAAACAGUCAAUAUUUGUGGAAUAUAUACACAGGAAAAAAUAACCAAUUCCCAUUUUUGGAUAUUUUAGGGUAUUAAAGAAUACCCACAAAAAUCCCAAAUUUGGAAGAGUGAGACAAGUCCCAACCAGGGAACUUGGUUGGGAAUUCCCUGGUUGGGACUUGUCUCACUCUUCCAUAUUUGGGAUUUUUGUGGGUAUUCUUUAAAUACCCUAAAAUAUCCAAAAAUGGGAAUCGGUUAUGUUUUCCUGUGAUAUUCUUCUCUGGAAGAAGCAGUUGAGUUUUGCUGGAACUUUUCACAGAUGAACACAACACUUUUCCAAAAUUAACCAGAAGAAACGUAAAAUUAAACAAAUUUGCAAUUAGAACCCCAUGACUACCAGAUUUAUUAUGUAAACAUUGAUUUUUGUCAUCAGUGUGGAAUUUCUGUCGUCACUGAGUGGCAGGCAUUCCUCCUUGUGAAACGUCCGAGAAGCAAGGACAAACGGCUGUUUUCGCAGGUAGAGGGACACAGGACAGUGGGAAACAAAACCACUGUGAACAACACAGUCUCUGCUAAGUUCCUACAGAUGCACAAAUUUUAUCUCUGGUCCUGGCUAUAAUAGACAAAUGAUAAACAAAUGUUUAGAAGUCUUCCCUGUUGGUGCUGACGUGAGUCUUCUCUAUUAUUUCUUCAGAGACUGGUUUUAUGCUAAAAGACCCAGCCUUAGUGUUAAAAGAGAAGCAGUAAACAUGGAUUCUACAGAAGCACAAGUUGUAAGUUUUAGCAGGGGAUUGACCAAAGUUACUUCUUAGCCAAGUCAAUCAUGUGUAAUAUUUACGGGGAUGUAAUUAGACAGUCAUUAUUAAUUUAAUGAGAUGAAAUUUGGGCGGGUAAAAGUGUUAAAUGUUAUUUCCAUUUGGGCGUGACUGACGUCCAGUUCAAUGGAUGUCACGUUGUGUCACAAUGAUGAUUCAAUCUGUUCUUUUCUUAAUUCUUUGAUGGUCAACUACAAGUCUUUUAACAGAUGUGUAUGUUUGACAAUUUAAAUGUUAAUUUACGCUCAUUUUUUUUUUAGCGAUCACCAUUAGCAACUCAAGAUCAAAAUAUCAUGGCCAGUAAACAAACUGCGAAGUCUCAAUUUAUCAGCAAACUUAGACCACCAUCAGCAAUAAAAAGACCACGGGAACAAGCAUUGACCAAAGUUGAACCACCAAGUUCUGAGGUAUAAAAUUACACACGUAAAGUGAAGGAAAUGCUACAUCGCGGGCUUCUGAUAUUAAGCAAAAUUUGUGCAGUUUAUUAAUCUCUAUGAACGACAUAAUCCAUAAGAAAUUUCACUAAUAGAAAAAUUUUUCAUUAUUAAUUCAGUCUGCACUGAAUAAUAACAGUUUAAAAUACAUGUAAAUGAAUUUCAUGACUAAAGACUGUAUAAGAAAGUGUUUUAUUUGCAGUCUACUUUUUGUCCAGAGAAAUCUCCUAAUUGCCACUUUAUAGACCUUUUCACUGCAUAAUUAAUGUGACCUCCUAUAAAGUCUACAUAAUUUUUUUAUAAUUUCAAUAAUAUUAAUAGCAACUGUCAAUUUGCAUGAGAUUGGUCAUUCUCAAUUCAUGUACUAAGGUAUUAACAGCGUUAGAUGAGUUUUAGUUUUUAUUUGUAAUUUUUACCUUGUGGGACCAAACUCAUGCAAGGCAGUUGCUCAUAACUGCUGGAAUCUUCCUCUCAACUAAACACUUUAAAUUCUAAUGAAGCUUUUUGAAUAAAACAAAAUAGCCUCCACCAAAAAUGAAAAGAUCAUCGUCACAAACCUCCUUGUCAUCACAACCCAAAACAGCAAAUUCAAGGCCUGCUGUCUCUACAACAUUAAGGCGUCAGACUUCAGCCACUACAACUGCAAGGAGGGAUGUUGCGUCUGGUGGACCUCAGGCACGUACAGGACAGGUGUCAUCCGUUACCAAGAGACAGACCAUAGCCUCUAAACCACCCACCAGUGUGAAUAAAAGCUCCAAUACAAAGGCAUCCGCUAAUGAGCCUGUAAAAGGCUUCAUAGGUUAGUGAAAAUUUUUAUUACUUAGCUCGAGUCUUAUCUUGUUCCCUUCUGACAGAAAAGUGUAGGCUCAUUUCCCAGACAGCGGCUGGUAAUCAAGCCUGCUCUUUCCACCACUCUUCCAUGUACCUUUUUUUACUCUCUUUAAAGAAAAAAAUGCGCUUCAUUUGAGUGUCAAUGUAUUUACCACGAAAGUACUAAUUGGGGACACUAUUUUUAUGUCUCCUACUGGAGACAGCUAGGACCACCAUUUUACGUGGUCAUCUAAGCCACGCAAAGAUCCAGUUGCUUGCUUUCAGUUAUUUUAAGACACAACUGAGUAAUGGUCCAGCCCAGGGAAUCGAACCUACAACCUCCUGCUCUGCAAUCAGGUGCUCAACCAACUGAGUUAAUCCUGCCGCAGAAGUCCCCUUUGAGAGACAAUUAUGGCCAUUCCAAAUCAGCAUGGUCCAUUUUAAAGAAAUUUGAUAAUAUCCUAAUAUCACCAACCUUAAAAUUUACCAUUAAUAAAUAAGCUAUAUACGUCAGUAUACAUUUAUAUUUCCCAUUUUCCAAUUGUAUUUAUAUUUACUACAUUGUUGUUGUUCUGUGGCUAUAAAGAUUAAGACACAACCAAAUAAUAAUUUGGUCAUAGGCUAGCAUAUCAUUUUAAAAGACAGUGGCUAUACAAAAAAAAAANUUGCUUUCAGUUAUUUUAAGACACAGCUGAGUAAUGGUCCAGCCCAGGGAAUCGAACCUACAACCUCCUGCUCUGCAAUCAGGUGCUCUACCAACUGAGUUAAUCCUGCCGCAGAAGUCCCCUUUGAGAGACAAUUAUGGCCAUUCCAAAUCAGCAUGGUCCAUUUUAAAGAAAUUUGAUAAUAUCCUAAUAUCACCAACCUUAAAAUUUACCAUUAAUAAGCUAUAUACGUCAGUAUACAUUUAUAUUUCCCAUUUUCCAAUUGUAUUUAUAUUUACUACAUUGUUGUUGUUCUGUGGCUAUAAAGAUUAAGACACAACCAAAUAAUAAUUUGGUCAUAGGCUAGCAUAUCAUUUUAAAAGACAGUGGCUAUACAAAAAAAAAAAGACACAAAGACACAAAGACACAGCCACAUAGCAUGUAACAUUUUGGUCGCCACUGACCAAACUCCAGCCCUAACCCAUAGACUUUCCCACCCUUCGAGAACUCCUACCCCUUCUUCUCCACCCCAUGUCAUCCCCCACCAGUAAUCCUCACACGUUUCUCCCCAUAUUCUCUGUAAAACAAACCAAAGCACUGCCUCAUACCAAAACGUCUCUCUCACCCGAUGAAAAUUUGCGCGUAAAGGAAGUCGAGAAGGGGAAGACGGGCGAGACGCGCUUUACCUCUCUUCUUAGAAGCGCCUGAGGAGGAGACAGAACCUGUACAUGUAUCAUGUAGGCGCCGCCCUGCAAAUUUUCUGCCAGAGUGUUUCCAUUUUAAUGGUAUUAAACACCAUAGGAUUUGUCCUCAAACUCUUUAUAGCCUGCGUAGCUGGUGGUUUUUUUUGAGGGGGGAGGGGGGGAGAGGAAAAAAGGCUGCAAAAGCGCGCGCGAACUAGCAACGGUGUUGCCGCCCCACUUCACUGCUCAUUUGCGCGCUCGACAGAAGAACCGCAAAGUACGCAGGCUAAAGAUUUUAAGGUUAGACUGACAUAUAGAUUCUCGCCGAAACAUUGUCAAGGAGUAAAGGGGUUAAUACAGCCAGUAAAUUGCAAUGAGCUGUUGGUUCCCCCAGGAUUCACUGAGGUUUACAAAUACAGAACUGCAAUUUUGUUUAAAACAAAAUACUACAUUGCAGGAAAGAAACGACCAGCAUGGGACUACAAAGGCAGAUUAGAGGACAUGGAAGCGUUCUUAUUGAAGUCAAACUCCUGUAUGGAGGACAUGACGAAAACAAUUGGCGAUAACCAGGGUAGAAUAGGUUAUCUGGAAUCUUUGAAUAAACAGCUAGAGGGAACAGUGCAGGUUAAAAACCAGCAAAGUGAACAGGUGAGAUCAGUAUCGAUUGCUAUACCACGGUCUGGGAGGGGGUCCCGAUCCCUACCGAUCCCGCAUUCCCGCUUCUUAUGCACGAGAAUCCCGCUUCCCGAAUUUCUGUCGUCUCUGUCCCGAAUACCGUUGUCUUUCCCGAUACCGCCUACAGUGCCAAGAUUUUGGCGAAUCAAACUUUCCGAGAAGCGGUCAAAUUCCGUUUCCCGGCAAAAAAAUUUUGCGUUUUCCCGAAUCCCGCACCAUAUUUUGGUCACAGGGUUAUAAAACGAUCACGGAAAUGUCAGGAAGAAAAGUUAUUCCAGGGUCUUGAGGAAAAAACGCACUGUUUACGGUUAUUCUGACCUCCCAACUCAAAAACGAAACUAAAUAUGAAGUUAGUUUUAUUCACCAUCGUUAUCUGCUUUGCCUGAAUGGAACGUUGAUUUCCCGCGUUUUUAAGGUAAUGUGCGAAUGAGUUAAGUUUUUAUGGAGUUUUGUUCUAUUGCAAGUGAUAUGUUCUCGUCCUAAGUUGGGAGUUAUAAACGAUUACGUAUAUUUCUACUCAACACUUUAAAAGAAUCCCUCUAAGGGUUGAUUUCCACUAACGCGUUUUGGCUACGCACUUUAAGGCACUUUUAAUCACGUAAAUAAAAAUAGAGGCAAGAUAAAAAGUGCUGAACUUUAAAGAGAAGUUGAGCGAGGUUCAACUUUUACGUUCACCAGCGACCUUUCAUGCAUUGCCUCUAUUUUAUUUGUGAAAGUAAAUUUUACGCACGUACGCACGUAAAAUUACGCGACACUGGAAAUCAACCCUUAGUCGUUAGACAGAAAAAAAUGAUUUGGAUACGCACGUUAAUUUUCGCGCGUAAAUAAAAUAGAGGCACUGUAUGGGUAGUCGCGCAUAAACGUAAAAGUUGAACCUCGCUCAAUUUUUACGUUUACGAACGACCUUUUAUACAUUGCCUCUAUUUUAUUCAGGCGCGUAAACUUUACGCGACAGUGGAAAUCAACCCUUAGUCAUUUAUAAGAGUGUGCUAUCAUUAAUUACUACUACUACCCGGCAGGUGGGUAAGAUAGCGAGAGACGUUGGGGCGUAAGGAAUCUAAACACCAAGUUAGAGAUUACUACAACUGUCAUUUGUAUGGGAAAAAAUUACCAUUUUCCACGGGAAAUGUUCUCAGAGUUAGACUAAUAGCCAAGAAAUGGCCAAAAUUUUGAUCGAUAACAGAAAUUCCUGUACUCGCUCCUUUCACAGGCCGCAGCGAAGAUUCUGGAUCUUCAGGUGAAAAUCAACAACGCGGAAGAGGAAAUACGAUCGCUUCAACUAAAACACGAGUUUGAAAUAGAGGUGGAAAAGAGAGCUAAGAAAAACCUUCAGCAAGAGAAGGAGUCCAUUAAGAACGAACUCAACAUCUCUAAACAAGAAGUCAUGGCUUUAAAAUCUACGGUCGCUAAAAUGACAGCAGAUUCAUUGGGAAUAACCACAGAAUUACAGGCGACCAAGGUAGUGUUUGUCUGUUUAUGAACUUGUAGCUUUUUAGUGUGAAUGCUGCGCCCCCUCCGGGCCUUAAUCGUUAUCAGUAAAACACUAAACAGACUCUUUCACAUGCAUCUAUUCAUAGAUGGGCGUGGAAGGCACGCGUGGGCUGCCCGCGAAAGGAGACGUAACAGCGAGGGGCGGGAAGAGAAAGGGAGUGCAAUGUUCUCCUUUUCCUUCCAGGCCCCUCACGGCUUCGCCACUCGCCCGCGCGUUCUCGCGCUAGAGAGCUUGCACACAGACUAUUUUAUAGGCCGAAAAGGAAGGCGCCUGUUCCGUAGUCUUAAAUGCUGAGAUUUGAAGCACAUUUGAACGUAAAUUCUACACAAUACAUGCGCCAGGCCCGUGUUUAGCCACCCCCUCGACGCAAAUAUCUAUCAAUUUCAGGUGAAAUAAAAAAGCGUCAAGAAAUCAAUAAUAUAAUUUCUUUUCUCUUGCGGCCUCACAAAAGGUUGCAAUUACGUCACGAAACAGUUCAAACUUUAUUAGCGUUAAAUAGGAAUUCCAAACACGGAAAGAAAAAACAGAUCAUUGUUUAUCUUCCCAGGUUUCUUUACAAAAAGCUUUGGACGAAAGUCAGCAAAAAAGUGAAACGAUUGCCAAACUCGAAGAUACAGUACGGGAACUUCAAAGCCACGUGGCCUCGCUGGAUUCCAAACUCCGUUCCGAGGAAACCAUCCGUCGCGAACUCCAUAACACCAUACAGGAACUCAAGGGUAACAUCCGGGUGUUUUGUCGGGUGAGGCCCGUGCUUACUUCCGAGGAAGGCCAGCGGUUAUGCGCAUUUUCCUUUGCGCAAGACGAGAGGGAACUGGCGAUAGAAUCAACCUCGGCGAAUGAGGUGAGACAUGAUAUCAAACUCGUCCUCAGAGCUUUUGUUUUCCUUUAGAAAUUUUGAGCCUUGGCUACGAGGUUAACACGAUAUGAGAAAUGAUAUGCAACAAAAAUGUAUGCCGUAAAUCAUUUCACCCACUCCUUGUUUCUGAUGCCCAUAACAGCGCUGCCCAAGGAACGCAUCAACCGUCUUGUACAAACCAUUGCAACGAUUUUGCUUGGCGUCGAAGUCGUAGUCAGAAGUGGUAAGCUUUAUGAUCUCGUGAAAAAAGCGUACGGAUUCCGUUUCUGACUCUAUCACUUAUGAAGCGAAAUAACUAAACCAGUCUUAAAACGUGGCUUGGUUUUUACUUUAUCCUCCCGCUUCUGCUUUCAACUUCAACGAUCUCGUUAUUCUUACUUAGUCAUCAGCGGAGUCGGAAGAAAAUUAAAGAUAUAAACAAGUUCUGAUUCUUCCGACUCUGAUUCCGUCAAGCUUACGACUCCGAUUUUUAAUUUCCACUAAUGAAAGUCACAAGCGCUCUUACUAGUUUAAAAUAGUCUUUAUCUAUGAAAGCCGUGAGUAGUUUUAGGGCCGGCAUAAACAAUCGUCGUCUCUAUUAUGCUUAGUUUGUCGAGCAGUUAACCGGCUCAGCUAAAAGGCAAAGACCUCUACCAUGGAAAACCAGGAAGGUCAAUAAAUUUAAGAAUUUCUUAUUCCACGCCUGAGAACUCAUGGAAAAUUGAAGUUAUGUUUGGUAGAUUAGUUACUGCAGAUGUCAAAGCAAGGGCGAAGGACAAGCAAUGAAACAGCGCGAACGGCACGCGCUUUGGUGGACACCAGAGUGUGUGUCUUUUGAAUUGAGUUUCGUAAAAAAUAGUCACCAAAAACAAGAAUAAUUUGAAAAAUUUCGAAAGUAACAGCUAAACCGAAGUUGUUUAAAAACUGGAGGUUGGUUUAGGGUUUGUACUUAAUCUCGACCCAGAGCUCUUCUGCGCGUGUAAGCACUGGGGUCGAGAAUGGGUUUGUACUCUUUUGGAGAGUCAUGGAAUUAACAAUUUGAAGUGCUCAAGAGAGUACGAACCCUACCUGGUUGCCAUAUGUUGGUUCUUUAGUAAUACACACUCAUAUUUAUUUAUGUUGUCAAUCCACAGAGUAUUUGCGGAACUAAAAAAGCCCCACCAAAACACGAAUUCGCUUUCGAUAGAGUGUUUAACCCGUCUUCAAGUCAAGAAGAUGUUUUCGGUGAAAUUUCACAGUUAAUCCAAUCCGCUCUCGAUGGCUAUAACGUGUGUAUAUUUGCCUAUGGUCAAACGGGCUCAGGGAAAACUUACACGAUGGAAGGGAACACUGCGGACCCUAAAAAACAGGGGAUGAUCCCAAGGGCCUUGGAACAGGUGUUCAGGACAUCACAGGACCUCAAAGAAAAGGGCUGGCAGGUAAGCAAGAAAAAUAUUGCCUUGAAAACCGAUGUUGUUCCCUUGCAUACAGUUCGUCGACGCAUCGUGCGUUCAACCGGAAAAGGGUAUCUUACUGAUAGCUACAUGACGCACACUUUCCUCUUCUUGCUAAAUGCUAUUUUUUGUCAGCUCCUGUCUUUAAAACUUUUAAACCAGGAUACAUGUUUUAUGUGAGUUCGAUUCUUCCUCGUUUUAGGGUACCAUUUGCUGUAGGUUUUUGAAAUGACAAGGCAAUGCGGUUACAUCCCUGCCAUGACAUUUCUCGUCUUUUCUCGCAGCGAAAAUUAAACUUAACAAACAGUCAACCGCAUUUGUGAGCGAAGGUUUCAAUCCUUGUAGUGAUAAGUUUAAUAUGGUGCUGUACGGAUGAGGAAAAAGCGCAGAGGUCGUCGGAAAAUUUACGGCGAUAAUCAAAACUACCACCCAUGUUUUAUCCCCAGUUCAUAUAUCUGAUUACUGCACGUAAUUAUUGACCUUGUACAACACCUACUGCAUUUAGGUGGAAUCCUACUGUUUGCAUGUAAAAUAUACGCGCGUGAGCGUAAAAGUUGAGCGAGGUUCAACUUUUACGUGCAAGCGCGACCUUCCAAACAUUGCUUAUGCUUUAUUUACGCGCGUAAAAUUUACGUGCAUACACUGGUAAAAAAAACACGACAGUGGAAAUCCACCCUUAGUCCCUUAGUCAAGCGCGCUUACAAUAGUUGACACAGAAACCAGUUCGUAACUACUUAGUAGAAAAAGAGUACAAUGUGUUGAGGUACCAUACAACAGUAUUACCGCAAUCAACACAAUUGAGUCUUUUGACUUGUUGAUGCUGAUUAUUUCCCUUCCGUUUCUAGUACACCACCGAGGCCAGCUUUUUGGAAAUUUACAACGAGACGAUCAAGGACCUCCUGGGCUCUGGCGAUCCAAAUGCAAAGCACGAAAUUAAACUUGUUAAUCCUAACAGCACGGGAAGCGCUUGCGAAGUAACGGUCACUAAUGUCAAAACAGUGACUGUUACAUCCGAAACACAGGUGGGUUGACGACCUGGUAGCUUGUGAUACGGGAUUUCUACUACCUUUGUCCUUUUAUGUUUUUAAUGGACAGACAAGUGUGUGGGAUUGUUAAUAGCCCUGAAAUAUUUUUUUUAAAACAAUCUGUGUCUCGGAAUGUAUCAAUAUUCAAACAGUAUUACUUAACAUACCACCAAAUGGAGCGUUUGAAAGUUCAUUUUCGAUUUUUUUUAAACGUUUGAUAUAACGCUUAGAAGACAUAUGUGUUGGACGCGAGGCUGCAGUUUUGUCAUUUAUAAAUAAUUUCUUUCCUAGCGUUUAGAUCCAUAGUACAUAAGGACACUUUGUACUGGCAAUAUUGAAAAAAUUAACCAUACAGCCGUGACACUGCCCUUUUAAAAGUUGCCCUGCUAAUUCAUGAACGCGCCCUAUGUGGGGACGAAACACUGAGCUCUCCUUUGUGUCUUGCAGUUUUUCAGUCUGGCCAGUCCUUCGCAGUACUUGAACCUAGUUUAUUCUCUUUUCUCUUUUCCAGAACUUAAAAGCGUUAAGUCAUGAAAGGAUUGUUAGCCUGUCCUAUAUACUCAUGACCAUGUUUUUUUCAAAUGGAUGCUCACAAGCUGUAAAUUUUUAACUUAAGAUUCCGAAAUGCUUUGCACCAUUCUUUUGCUGCUUCCUCUAUGUAAGGGUAAUGCAACCCCUUUCGCCCAAAAAUUACUCGGACAUCUAAAAUCCUAUUACUGAGUACUAGACAGUCCUUAGACUGUGAGCCGCAGUCUCUUAUUGUUCUUUUGAGUCACAGUAGACCCAGAGCACAGUAUACGGGAAGGGCGAGCGGCGAAUCCGCGAGGAACGAGGGCGGAAACGCCCCAAUCUUUCCUCCUUUUUACUAUUUUUUGCAUAAUUUAACUUUUUUGCUCGCCGUGCGUGGCUCUGAGGAAAGAAGGACGACCGCUGGUGGUCUACACAUUUUUGCGCGCUUUUUAGAUCGGCUUUCGCAUCUCAACUUGUCUAGUCACCAGUCUACUUCAUUAUUUCUAUGUAUAAGGCAUUUCCGGCAGUCAGCAGUCUACUUCAUUAUUUCUGCAAGGGGGGCUAUCCACUUUACAUUUUUAUUCUCCUUCACAUUGAUUGAUGAAGUUAAGCUGGAUUUUCGUAUUGGUUUGUGUCGGUUUUGUUACAGGUGUACAGUUUAUUGGAGAAAGCGACUCAAAACAGAGCUGUAGCCGCCACACAAUGCAAUGAGCGUUCUUCACGAAGUCACAGCGUCUUUAGACUGAAGCUCGUUGGUGAAAAUCAUCUCACCGGUGAAAAAUGCCAAGGUAUACCACGCUGAGUUAGUCUGAAAUGUCGUCCGUCUCUUUGCCUCCCCCACCAAAUGGGCGGCAAGGCGAGAGACAGUCUCUCUUUCAAACUACACGCUGAUUUGGACAUGCAAUUAAUAUAAUGAUAAAAAGAUUCUCUUAUUGAAACACUUAGCUCGACUCUAACCAGACAAUAAAGAAUCGUUUUAAAACCCCCUCUGUACUAUUUAACAAUAUUUAAGUGUAGUAAUAGUUCAAUACAUGCAUUGCGGGUCGAGAUGUUUUCUCCUGCUCUAUUUCGCACGUCUAUCCACCACUCUCCACAACUAAGGUUUUUGUGCUCCCGAAUAAUGUUUCUUCAAUAGCUCCUAGUCUGUACACAGGCGUUGUUUUCUUUUUCUAAUCGAAAAUUGCGGUAGCUGUCAAUAAAUCCCUCGCGGAUUCUAUUUUCAUACGCACGCUCGACGAUCUCUUAAAAGAAAACAGAGGGUCUGUGAACAGGCUAUAUAGCGCCAUGUAUGUCGACGAGACUAAGCUAGGACUUUACUAUCCUAGAGUUUAUUGUCGUUUAUUUUAUCUUUCACUGUUUGUCCAGACGAUUUACCAUGUACUCACCUUAAUUUGCAGGGACCUUGAACCUUAUUGACCUGGCGGGAUCCGAACGCUUGAGCAGUUCGGGUUCCACUGGGGAUCGGUUGCGAGAAACGAAGAGUAUUAACAAGAGUUUGAGUAACCUCGGAAAUGUUAUCAUGGCUUUGGCCAACAAAGAGCAG